AUGGCGGGCGCGCGCAAAAUCCGGAGGAGGCCAGGCGCGCGGGCAGCAUCUGUAGGAGGCCAUGGCGGGCGCGCGACAGGGGCCGUGCUCGUGGCGAGGCGCGGCACGGGGCCUCGUCGUGGCGUGGCGUGGCUCGCGGCGCCGUCGUGGCGAGAUGCGGCCGGCUCCGCCCUGGCCGUGGCGCGCACGGCCAGCUCCGGCCCCGCCCCCGGCCGUGCCCGCCCGCCCCCCGCCCGUGGCGCGACGGCCAGCUCCGGCCCCGCCCCCGGCCGUGCCCGCCCGCCCCCGUCCGUGGCGCGACGGCCAGCUCUGGCCCCGCCCGUGACCGACGCGGCCGGCGCCGCCCCUGGUCGUGCCCGCUCGCCCGGCCCCGCCUGUGGCCGUGCCCGCCCGCCCCCGCCCGUGGCGCGACGGCCAGCUCUGGCCCCGCCCGUGGCGCGACGGCCAGCUCCGCCCCCGCCCGUGGCCGACGCGGCUGGCUCCGCCCGUGCUCGCGGCGAGCUCCGCCCACGCCCGUGCUCGCGGCGAGCUCCGUGCCCGCCCGCCCCCGCCUGUGGCGCGACGGCCAGCUCCGGCCCCGCCCCCGGCCGUGCCUGCCCGCCCCCGCCCGUGGCCGACGUGGCUGGCUCCGCCCACGCCCUUGCUCGUCGCCCUGCCCGUCGCCGUCGACGAACUUUCUCGCCGGAGCUCGUUUUGGCAGCGGCAACUUCGGGCACGGAUGAAAAAAAGGAGGAGUCGGCGCCGGGGUACGCCAUACGUCGGCGGCGCCGGCAGUUGGCCAGGCCAGCCAAACUCCGGUGGCUAUUCCGGCCAUAA